AUGACGAGAGCACAGGAUAGUUUUACUUUUACGGUCGGAAAGCUCGAUGCGGGCAUGGCUAUCCUCCUGGGCGACCGAGCUCAUCUCAUAGAGUUUCCAUCAAUACUACUUCCUCCUGGAGCAACAACUGGUUCGAUAGUCAACAUCGCGGUUCACCGGAACGUGGUUCAGGAGCGAAAGCGAGAUCAUGAGUUCUGGUCGCUUCAAGAAGAUAUCUUAGAGACAUUUGGAAGUCACUCGCCUGAGAAUCCGAAGCUCGAGGUCCGCAAUGUCACCCAAACCUCUGUCACUCUCGAAUGGCCGCCCAUCAAGCUCGCCACUGCGAAGUUACGCUCGCUCGACAUAUACAAGAACGGCCAACGCCUUGCUUCUAUUCCUAAUGCACUCACCAACUACUCCACAAAGCUUUCUGGACUCUCAGUAGAUACCCAAUACACUUUCCAGCUCCUCCUCCGUACUUCCGCAGGAACCUACCCCUCGAACCUCAUCCAAGUGCGCACGCACACGAUCGCAGAUACAAGCGGAAUUUCAGUUUGUUUCGCAAAUGUUACAGACAGCGUAUUGCUGGAAAAUGCAAAGCUUGCUUUGAAAGAGAUGCGCGCAAAGUGGAGCGACAAAAUUCAAAUCGACACGACGCAUUUCGUGUGCACUACUCCUGCGGUCACGCCCGCAGGUGCGCAAGCAGCCGGUGGUGUUGCAGCAGCCCCAGGUGCAGAAUAUCAACGUGCCUUGCAGCUAAGCAUCCCUGUGGUUCAACCGCAGUGGAUUUUAGCGUGCCAUAGCGAAAAGAAAAUGGUGCCGAUCUCGGGUUACUAUCUCGGCGUCACUCCGCCCAAUUCUGCAUACUCCCAGCGUCCUCAAUCGAUGUCACAGGCUUCUCUUCCCAGUUCCAGCACAACUCACAAGAACUCGGCAUCGCGUCAAAGUCUCCCGUCAAUGCGCCGUCCUACACCACCAUCCGCAACCCCGCAACGACCAAUCGACGAAGAAGAGGACGAAGAUGAACAACCGCCUCCGCCUAAACCGUCGCCCUCUGAAAUGAAGCACAAGAGCAAUGGUACGAUGGAUAGAAAUUUCAGGUUCCCAACAUCACCAACCAAUACUCAAGCAGUUCCGCCCGUCCCCUCUCUUCCUGCACAAGCACCCGCUCCCAAGCCUGUGCAUAAUGCAGCGGUGGUCGUACCAUCCAGUGUAGAAGUUCCUCCCCCUCCUCCGGUGGAAAAAGAGAUCCGGAAGAGUUUUGUAGAAUCUGAGGAUGGCUAUGAGGAAGUUGGCGAGACGGUGGAAAUCGACUUGCGGUGA